GUCCUGCGCGUCCGCUCCUGCGGUAGCUACGGACGGGUAGGGGAGCUGCCUCUCGGCGGUUUGGUCAGCGAUGAGGAGGCGUUGCGCAGGGGCUGAGGUAGGAAGGUGCCCGCCCCUCGACGCCUCCCGCGACGCUAGUCCCUGAGCCACGAUGCGAGCUUGGGUCCUACUCUCCGCGGUGCUCUGGUACCUCACAGGAGUUGGAUGGCAGCGUUCUUCCGAACGCAAUGAGAAAGGCUUCAUUUAUGGCAAGCCGGGACAUCCAGUGAAAGUAUAUGUAAAAUUACAUCACAGUAGCCCAAUUCUUGUCUGUAUGGAUUUUAAACUUGCUGAAAAAGAAACAGUGGACCCCACUUACUUAUGGAUUGGACCCAAUGAAAAGCCAUUAACAGGAAAUGAUCGAAUAAAUAUAACUAAAACAGGAAAGCUGAUGGUGAAAGACUUUCUGGAGCCUUUGUCUGGACUUUACACAUGCACUCUUUCUUAUAAGACUGUCAAAGCAGAAACCCAAGAAGAAAAGAUGGUGAAGCAGAGAUAUGACUUUAUGAUCUUUGCCUAUAGGGAACCUGAUUAUUCCUAUCAGAUGGCUGUACGUUUUACCACAAAGUCUUGUGUGGGAAAAUAUAAUGAUCUGCUUUUUAGAGUGCUGAGGAAAAUCUUGGAUAAUUUAAUCUCUGAUUUGUCAUGCCAUGUCAUAGCACCAUCAUAUAAAUGCCAUUUUGUUAAACUUCCAAAACAUGGCCUCGUUCAUGAGCUGUUUAUAGCCUUUCAAGUUAACCCUUUUGCACCAGGGUGGAAAGGUACAUGCAAUGGGUCUGUUGACUGUGAAGAUAUCACUAAUCAUAAUAUCCUCCAGGCAAGAGAUCGAAUAGAAGAAUUUUUCCGGAGCCAAGCAUAUAUCUUCAACCAUGACUUCAAUAAAACUCUACCAGCUAUGCAUUUUGUGGAUCACAGUUUUCAAAUAGUACGUAUGGAUAGCUGUCGUCCAGGCUUUGGAAAAAAUGAAGGUCUACACAGCAAUUGUGCUACCUGUUGUGUGGUUUGUGGUCCUGGGACUUUUAGUCCCGAUGUUGAUGUUACAUGUCAGACCUGCGUUUCUAUCCACAUCUAUGGAGCUAAAUCUUGCCCAUAAACUUCAAAAAUCGCAACAUGAAAACUAGAGGUGGAAGCAUUGCUACUUGCUUGUGGCGGUGGUGGACAUAAGAUAAUUUGUUCAUAUCCCAGAGCAUCAUAGAUAGAUUAAGUAUGAUCACUAAGACCAAAAUAUUGGAAACAUACAUUUUAGAAACCUUGAAACGAUAGUCGACCUGGCAUUUCUAAGAAGGCUUUUGAUGUAAUAUCUCCAGUGUGUAAAAGAAAGUGUAAGUAGCAGUGGAUGAUUUUAUGUUUGUUGUUUACAAACAGUCUCUUGCUCUGUACUUAAGACUAUAUUAAGGUCAAGAAGGUUAGCAAAGUAUAAUAUAAUAAAAGCUUUGUACUUUUCAUGUA